CCUUAAAUAAAUACAGAAUUCAAGUCGAUAAAGUACCCAGUAAAACCCCACCUACGCUCUUCCUCCUCAUUCAAUUUUCCUUCUCUCCUAGCGUCGUGCCCCAGCUUGGAGAGCCAAAGAAUCCAUAGCAGGAAAAUGGGGUUCUUGUCAUUUCUUGGAAGGGUCCUCUUUGCUUCUGUUUUCAUCCUUUCUGCUUGGCAAAUGUUCAAUGAAUUUGGGGAAGAUGGUGGGCCUGCUGCAAAGGAAUUGGCUCCCAAAGUGGCUGGUCUGCAGGAUUUUCUUGAAUCCAAGAUGGGGGCAGGGGCACCAAAAAUUGAUGUUAGGCAUGUGGUAGCAGCUUUCAUGGUUCUAAAAGGAUUGGGUGGAUUGCUAUUAGUAUUCGGUAGCUUCACUGGUGCUGUUCUACUGAUGUGUUACUUGAUAAUGGCCACUCCGCUUCUGCACGAUGAUAUCAGCCACUUUAACCUUGGAGAACCACAGUAUCUCAUUGCCCUACAAGAGUUCCUCCAGUGUGUGGCAUUCCUUGGUGCAUUGCUGUUUUUCGUGGGGAUGAAGAACUCGAUUAACCGGAGGCUACCAAAGAAAAAGACCCACAAGCCCAAGACAGGUUAGGAUACAUCAUUGAGAAGGGAGUUGUAUAAGAUUGGAUUAUUCAUGGUUUGUUGGUUAGCUUUUAUGAUUAGAAGUGACUAGUUAAGUCUGCUUAACAGUGAAGAGUUCUUCCAAGAACCCCCAUCACCUGGACUUUUUGCAUUUUUUUUUCCUCUUGAAAUUAACGGUUAUUGAAAUUAUGGGGGUGCAAUAUUGCCACUGUGAGGAGGUUUUGAAUUCCCUUUUAUAUUAAAGCUUUCUCAGUGCCUCCA